GCGCCGUGUUGAAGCGCAGCCCAGUGCGCGCCAGACGCUCAACCCACCGCCGUGCGCAACACCAACGGAGUUUAGGGUUGACUAUAAUAGUACAACAACUGUAUUUAUUCCAAUGCUACUGCUGGAGUAAUAUAAAGCUCUUCAAAACCCAAACGUUUUCAUACUCCAAAGCGCGCGUAAGACAACCGUGGCUCUGAAGUAUUCACAAACAUGACCAUCAUUUCGGAUGGCGGUGAUGCUUUUGAUGGAGAUAUGCGUCCUGACACUUAAUGACAAAAGACAUCCAAUCUCAUCGUUCAGUGUGUUAUCAGCCGUGGCGAAAGAGGAGCAAAAGCGCAGGAUGAAAAGCACUGGUUUACUACUGGGUUACUUUUUGAUGAAAGUUCUCGUGUGCGACGCAGAAGGAGAACCCGGGAAGAGCCUCGAUGGUUUGGUGACGGCGUCGGGGUCCAACGACUCCAGAGACGGAGAAACAGAGACCCCUCACUUGGAGGACAGGUGUCGGGGUUAUUAUGAUGUAAUGGGUCAGUGGGAUCCUCCGUUCGUGUGUCGGACGGGUAGUUACCUGUACUGCUGCGGGACCUGUGGCUUCAGGUUCUGCUGCGAGUUUAAGAACUCCAGGUUGGAUCAGACCACUUGCAAAAACUACGACACGCCACCGUGGUCCAUGACGGGCAGACCACCGCCGAAGAUUAUGGACCAGCACGAUUCGACUAAGGAUAAAACUAAUUUGAUUGUUUAUAUCAUAUGCGGAGUAGUUGCCAUUAUGGCGUUGGUUGGGAUAUUCACAAAACUUGGCUUGGAAAAGGCGCAUCGACCGCAUAGAGAGAACAUGUCCAGAGCCCUGGCCCAGGUGAUGCGCCAGACAGCUCCAGGAGAACAUGCGGAGAGAGAGGAGAGCAUGCAAGCGCACGGACAACCCUACGAAAACAUGCAGCAGAGAGCAACAGGAAACAACCUGCAGGGCACCCAGAUGAACAGUGUUGGACAAAGUUCAUCCCUGAUGCAAACCAUGACUCAGUACCCCUCGCUCGGACAGGCAGCCCACCAAUAUGAGCAGUCUCAAGCUGGGAUGGAGAUCAACAAGUAUGCCUCACUCAAGGCUGUGGCUGAGAAGGCGAGCGAAAACUUCUACACUAACAGACGGCACUUGGGCGACCUGGCGUCGAAAGGCACACCCCUUCCCCUCCACUCCGUGAGUCUGGAGCAGGAGCCCACCAACCCUUACAGUCCCGAGCUGCCUUGCCAAAAGCAGAACGGACAAAAGUCCAAAAGCACCAAGGUGCAUAGCUCCCACCCGCUGGCUUUCGGUUCGAACACCAUUGCCAGCACCGGCAUGAUGAAGGGGUGGGAGGCGACGGAGACGCUGGGCCGCCGGCACACAUUCGCUCCCAGGAAACACAGCAGCACUGUGGAGCAAGUGAACGAGUUGACGUCUGCCCACAGCCAGCACUACCUGCCUCCGCAUCCGUACUUUGUGACCAACAGCAAGACUGAGGUUACCGUGUAAUAGGGGACAGAGCACUGGUGCUCGGCACCGAGAACGGAUAACAAAGAAAGAGUGACCGCGGAACGAGUGUGGAUUAGGAUGCUAAUUCGAGCAGGCUGGCUCGAAGUCCGCACGGCCCGUUCUCUGUUGGCUGUAUGUGUGCUGUUUGUCUUUCAGCGGUUGUGCAUGAAACAGGCACGCAUUGGACUUCUGCCCUGUUUGACAGGAUAAGCGUAAUGUUUUUACAAAGGUAACCUACAGUGUUUGUGUUCAUUCCAUAAAAUGCAAAUCUCACUUGUAGUGAUGAGUUUAUGUUAAGGCCAUCCAUCAAUGUGAUGAGGAACAAGAGACAUUUGAAACAUUCAUUGCACACUCAGCCUAAAGAUGGGACCAAUGUCAUUUACUAAAGCAAUUGUUUUCCAAUGACAGCUGGAGCUCUGGUGAGAAACUAUCUUCAAGACACGUUGUUUUUCACACAAUCUUGUACAUAACAGAUGUUGCAAAGGACAAAUAGUGUCAAAAGAUCUAAAAAAACAUCUAAAGAGCAGUUUGACAUAUAAAGGACGACGUGAAGACAAUUGCGACAAAUUAUUAAGAUUUCUCUUCAACACUGGUUGACUUUCCAGAGUGUGUGCACCAAAAACCUGUAGCAGUUUAAUAGGCUAUAUCCUGACAAACGCUGGGCUUGUGCCUUUCCAAAAAAACAGAAGAACACUUUCUCUAAAAACUCUUGUGCUUUUCAGUAAGCACAUACAGUAGUGUUUCUUCAGUAACAAAGAUGCAUAAAGUAUAAAUCAAUUUAUUGUUUACCAUGUUCUUGUCAGUGAUCCAAAAUACAUAUUUCCCCCUCAUCACAUCAUUUUCUUUGAUGUUUGUUAUUGCAACCUUAGAUUGUACAGCAGAAUGUGAUGAAUGUAGAGUAUUUUUCAUUGUUAGGUAUGAUAAAGGUGAAAUAACUUAAAUGUGAUACCAAUCGAAAUUGUUGCAAACACUGCCAUUAUUCACAUUAUUCAAAAAUCCUGGGUUAUUUGUAACCCAUGGUCGGGUCAAAAAAAGACAAACCCAAAUUAACCCAGGAAAUGUUUAGAUUUGGAUUGAAACCACCCAGCAUAGAAUAAAUUAUAAUCCAAUGGUUUUGGUUUGUGUCUUCUUGACCCAACCAUGUCUU